AUGGGUGAAGUUCCGUUAACGAUGUACGCUCUACAAUUAAAUGAAUUUGGUCCCGCGUCCAAUUUAAAAUAUGUUGAAGUGAAAGUUCCUACAAUUAAUUCACCAUAUCAAAUGAUUAUAAAAGUUAUGGCGGCCGGAGUUAAUCCUGUCGAUUAUAAAUUUAGAAAAGGACUGUACCCAUUAUCGAACAUCUUUGGAGGAAUCGUUGUCGCUAAGGGAAGCAAGGUAACGGAAUUUAACAUCGGAGACCAAGUCUUUGGUAAAAAAAAUCCGUUUUUUGGAGGAGGUACCUAUGCGCAAUAUACGAUUGUAAACAUUAAUGACGGUGGGAUUGUAAAGAAACCUGCCACGAUUACUCAUCAAGAGGCUGCAGGAUUUGGAGUUGCGGGAAUAACGGCGUGGACCGGGUUGAUUACUGUUGGAGGUUUAAAGGUUGGUGAAGAAGCCAAGGAAGUUCAAAAAAAGAUCCUGGUAAUUGGCGCGUCUGGUUGUGGGACUUAUACAGUACAAAUCGCAAAGAAUAUUAAUAAUGCGAAAGUGACAGCGAUUUGUUCAGGUAAAAAUGCAGAAUUAAUUAAAAAAUUGGGAGCAGAACGUAUAAUUGAUUAUACCAAAGAAGAUUUCGUUGAAGUAUUAAAAGAAGAAAAAGAGAGUUUUGAUUUGGUAAUUGAUUGCGUUGGAGGGGAUGAGUUUUAUACUAAGUCCAUACCAAUUUUAAAGAAAAAAGGCAGCUUUCUCACAUUCGUUGGACCCGAUGCUUAUGGUGAAAGUGGGUCAACCAGUGACGUCAUAAGGUUAUUAGCCAUGAUGGCCAAUAGAAACCUUUUCGGUAAAAGAAGUUAUAGAUUUGUACUUGCAGCAUCUGGGAAGGAUUUACCCAAAAUGGUUCCGUAUUUAGAGAAAAGACAAAUCGUCACCGUUAUCGAUCGUGAAUUUGACUUGAAAGAUGGUCAACAAGCGCAUGAAAUGAUUGAGAGUCACAGGACCGUUGGAAAGAUUAUCUUGAAUUGUAAUAUUAAUAAUUAG